AUGGCGCCUGAGGCGGGCUUGUCCCGUGCCACAUUUGCCAAGCUCUCGCCGCAUCCGUAUCUUCUUGCCAACCUGGACGAUGAUGCUGUUGCACCUGCACGAAGCAAUGGCCGCACCCCCGACGAAGUACGCCCGACAACGGUCAAUCUAUCCAGCUUAUCCCACCCUCAUGGCAGUUCUCUAGUUCGCAUGGGUGAUACAACUGUCAUCUGUGGUGUUCGUGGUGAAACUAUCUUGACACGACACAUUCCCAACUACCGAGCCUCCAACAAAGAAACAGAGCUUUCCGACUACGAUCUCCUGGUACCGAAUAUUGAGUUGGCAACCGGAUCUUCACCCCAAUUCCUACCAGGAGGGCCGCCCACGACGCUGGCCCAAACCCUGAGCACCAGAAUAUAUUCUCUUCUCCACGAUUCAAAGCUGGUCCAACCUGAUGAUCUUCGGAUAUGGCAUGAGAGGCCAUCUGAGCACAUGGUUGCAGACGAGGAUAAGAUGGAAGAGGACGAGGAGGACACUGAUGAACAGAGUGGAGAGAAAUAUGUGGCUGCAUACUGGGUGUUGUACAUUGAUAUUUUCUUCAUUUCCUUCGACGGGAAUCCAUUUGAUGCAGCCUGGGCGGCAACACUGGCCGCAUUGCGGGACACAAAACUUCCUAGGGCACGCUACGACCCAGACCGCGAGCUGAUCAUCUGCACAAGGAAGGACCCGAAGCCCCUCACAAUUACCACCAUGCCAGUCGCCUGCACGGCGGCCGUGUUCACAGGCAAGGAGACAGACAGACAUUCUGAUGGAAAAUUUUGGCUAUUAGUGGACCCUGACAGGCUCGAGGAAUCGCUGUGUGAUGAAAGCAUCACGAUUGUAGUUGAUUGCCAAGAGGAGAAGAUGAAAAUACUGUCAAUAUCCAAGCAUGGAGGUGUUGUGCUGACGCCCAAGCUGCUCCGAUCCAAAGGUCUCAUGAAUUGGGCGAACCAGAGAUGGAACGGUGUGGCAGCAGCAAUCACGGGCAACUAG